AUGCCCGUGCGGGGGCGAGGGCGUUGGCCUGCUACGGCUCUGGUAGAUGAGCAUCAUCCAGACGGUGUGAUCCAGAAGUAUGUUGCUCUACGUAAACCACAGUCGGAGCGUGCGAUCGCAUUACUGAAAGAAGUGGGACAGAAUGUGAAAGGACUCAUGCAGAAGCAUGGCUGGCGACUGCCUAUCUUGGCCGAGAUGUAUCCACGCAGUGUUCGACUUUUGGGUUUAAACUACAACCAAGGGCAGAAGAUUUGCUUGCGACUACGUCAUAGUGACAAUCCUUUGGAAUUUUUAUCGCGCGAUGAGAUCAUGGGAACCAUGCUUCAUGAACUAGCUCAUAAUGUGCGCGGCCCUCACGAUGAGACCUUUUAUAAGACCCUACGGGCCCUCACGGAGGAGUACGAGGAAGCACAGCGGCUAGGAUACUGGCCUGGCCUAGGAUUCAGCUCUCCUGGUAUACGUCUAGGCGGCAUGGCACGUCCAAACUACAUGUAUACCCAACGUGAGCUAGCAGCUGCGUCAGCGGAGGCGCGUCGCGCUGGCUCGACACCUACGCGCCUAGGUGGCUCAGUCCCUCCUUCUUCAAAAUCACUCCGGGAACUUGCGGCCGAGGCAGCUAUGCAGCGUAUUCGUGAUGCACAGACAUGUGCUUCCGCCUCGCAGCAUGACGUGGAGGAAGUGCUGGCUGAGACGCAGCAGGCCGAAGCUCAACGCAAUGUGAUUGUGGUGCUUGAUAGUGAUGACGAAGACACAUAUACCCCACCUAUGGCCAAUGCUACUGGCUCACGCGAUGAUCCUAUAGAAAUCGAGUAG